AUGUCUAGGAUUCUACAUAACCGUAUCAGAUCGUCAUUAAAAAAAUCAGCAGCUUGGUCUUGUGUCGACAAGCGCGCUGUGGCGUUUUCAAUAUGGACUGGCAAAAGCAUGCUUCUCUAUAAACCAAUAGAUCCAAUACAUAUUCCAAGACGGAAGUAUGGAAUGCUGGUGGCACGUGCCCUUAGGGGUGUAUUGAAAAUACGAUAUUUACUUCUGGGUGGUGCAGUUGGUGGUGGCAUGACAUUAAAUAAGAAAUAUGCUGAGUGGAAGGAUGGUCUCCCAGACAUGGGCUGGUUAAACGAGCUUCUACCAAACAAUGAGCAAUGGGACCGUUUCACAACUACAUUAAUCAACGCUAAAGAACGCAUCGGAGAUCAGCUACAAAUUGGUCGCCCGCUGAAGCUGACGCUGAACGCAGAUCCGCGGAUUCGCGACGCCGGACUGGAGCGGGCCGCGGAGAUCCGCGCCUGGCUGGAGAAGAGGUACGAGGACGCCGUCGCAGCGGCGGCCGCCAACAACAUCGAGCCAGCGCCGAAGAUUGCGAAUAACCUACAGAGCAGACCGGCCCCAACGCCCACAAAUGGAAGGGGAUCCGCUGAAGAUUCUAAUGCAUACGAGAAGAGGGUGCACGCGCUCCAGGAAGAGGUGUUGGCGUUGCAGGCGCGUUACCAGCGCGAGCUGCAGCGUCUAGAGCAGGAGAACAGGGAGCUCAGGCAGCAGAACAUGCUGCUGAAGCAGGGUAGACAGCUGCCCGUUAGGAAGAUGAAGCGCUCGCUCAUCGACAUGUACUCGGCGGUGCUGGACGAGCUGGCCGGCUGGGAGGCGGGCGAGGCCGGCCGGCUGCCCAGGGUGGUGGUGGUGGGCGACCAGUCGGCGGGGAAGACCUCGGUGCUGGAGAUGAUCGCGCAAGCGAGGAUAUUCCCGCGCGGCGCCGGCGAGAUGUGCACUCGAGCCCCGGUGAAGGUGACGUUGUCCGAGGGCCCCUACCACGUGGCCCAGUUCCGCGACUCCAGUCGCGAGUUCGACCUCAACAAGGAGUCGGAUCUUGCGGAUCUCCGGAAGGAGGUGGAGCUGCGCAUGCGCAACAGCGUGCGCGGCGGGCGCACGGUGUCGGCCGAGGCCAUCGCCAUGUCCGUGAAGGGCCCCGGCCUGCCGCGGAUGGUGCUCGUCGACCUGCCCGGCGUCAUAUCCACCCAAACAGUGGAUAUGGCUUCGGACACGAGGGAUGCCAUCAAGCAGAUGACCAAGACCUACAUGGACAACCCCAACGCGAUCAUCCUCUGCAUACAGGACGGUUCGGUGGACGCGGAGAGGAGCAACGUGACGGACCUGGUCGCCUCCUGCGACCCUUCGGGCAAACGCACCAUCUUCGUCCUCACGAAGGUGGACCUGGCAGAGGAGAACCUCGCCAACCCCAACAGGAUCCGCCGCAUCCUGGAGGGCAAGCUGUUCCCCAUGAAGGCGCUGGGCUACUACGCCGUGGUGACGGGCCGCAGCCGCAAGGACGACUCCAUCCAGAGCAUCCGGGAGUACGAGGAGAGGUUCUUCCGCUCCUCCAAGCUCUUCAAGGACGGGCUGGUGACGCCGUCGCAGGUGACGACGCGCAACCUGUCGCUGGCGGUGGCCGAGUGCUUCUGGCGGAUGGUGCGCGCCACGGUGGAGCAGCAGGCCGACGCCUUCAAGGCCAUGCGCUUCAACCUCGAGACCGAGUGGAAGAACACCUUCCCCAGGCAGCGCGAGCUGGACCGCGACGAGCUGUUCGAGCGCGCGCGCGCCGAGCUGCUGGACCAGGCGGCCGAGCUGUCGGCCAUGCCGGCGCCCGCCUGGGAGCGCACGCUGCAGGCGGCGCUCUGGGCCAAGGCGGCGGAGCGCGUCUUCGCCGGCAUCUACCUGCCCGCGGCGGCGGCGGCCUGCGACGACCUCGACAAGUUCAACACUGCGGUGGACAUCAAGCUGCGCGAGUGGGCGGAGCGCGAGCUGCCUGCGCAGUCGGUGCGCGCGGGCCGCGAGGCGCUGCGCGACGAGUUCGCGGCGCUGAUGGCGCGCGCGCCCGACGCCGACCCCGUCUACGAGCCGCUGAAGCGCGCCGCCGUCGAGGAGGCGCUGCGCCGCCACUGCUGGGAGGAGCGCGCGCAGGACGUGCUGCGCGUGCUGCAGCUGAACGCGCUGCAGGACCGCUGCGUGGCGUCGCGCGCCCACUGGGACUCGGCCGUGGCGCUCAUGGAGCAGGCGCUCGGCGAGCGGCUCUCCGCUGUGGAGAAGGAGCUCAAGGCGCUCACGGGCCCCGGCUGGAAGGAGCGCUGGCUGUACUGGCAGUCGGCCAGCGAGGAGCAGCGGCGGCGGGCGGAGGUGCGCGCCGAGCUGGAGCGCGGCGGCUCGCGGAGGCCCAACCUGGCGCACGACGAGCUGGUGGCCGCGCGCGACAACCUGCGCCGGCGCGGCGUCGAGGUCGACAACGACUACAUCCGCGAGACCUGGAGCCCGCUCUACCUCAAAAAUUUCCUGCAGAGUGCACAAGCGAGGGCACGUGAUUGCAAGAAAAGCUUCUAUCUGUACAGUCAGCAAAAUGAAACUGGGAAGGAGUGCUGCGAGGUGGUGAUGUUCUGGCGCGUGGAGUCGACGCUGCGCACCACCGCCAACGCGCUGCGCCAGCAGAUCGGCAACAGGGAGGCGGCGCGCCUCGACAGGGAGCUGCGCGAGGUGCUGGACGAGAUGGCGGCUGAUCCUGAACUGAAGAAGAAACUAUUGUCCGGUAGAAGAGUAGAGCUUGCUGAAGAACUAAAGCGAGUAAGACAAGUGCAAGAGAAGCUAGAAGAAUUCAUAGAGGCAUUGAGUAAAGAGAAA